AUAUAGUAGCACUUUGUCAAGAGAUUAUACGGAGUGCUCAUUAUAUCUAUAGAUAGGCUUUUAUGUUAUAAAAUAUUCGGGUUUGAGUCGAGUCGGGUAAAAUAAUAAACCCACAUCCGACCCGACCCAAUGUCGGGUUCGGGUAAAAAAUUUCGGGUCGAGUUCGGAUUAUUUUAUUCUCGCUUCGAGUCCAAAUAUUUUAGUGGUCGGUCGGGUCGGUUAAGAUGGGGUUGGGGUUGUCCCUACCAUUAUCGUCUUAGGCAAGGGAUGGCGUGCGCGAGCAGCACAGUACUCUCACAGUGACCGGACCGUCCUCUAGAAAAUGGAUCGGGCGAGACACGGGGAGCCCGACGGCUUAGAAAAUUCACUGAUGCAGAUGAUCGACGAUCACCAUUAUAGGCAUCUCAAGCUCCGGGCUCUAACAGAGGAAUCGAAGAAAGAUGCAGUUCGCAGUGCGAGCCGGGUUGCGGAUCUUCUGGUCGACGCCGUGAACGGUGGCGUCCAAGAGGCUUUCGUAAUCGAGAAGAGAAUCGAAAUGGAGAUCCGUGCAUUGGCUGCUGCCAUUGCCCGAUUCGGAAAACAAACCGAUCAAUGGCUUGCUGCUUCUCACGCAAUUAAUACUGCAAUUAAGGAAAUUGGAGAUUUUGAGAAUUGGAUGAAGACCAUGGAAUUUGAUUGCCGAAGUAUUACUGCUGCAAUUCGCAACAUUCACCAAUCAUAGGAUUUUCUUCCCAGAGCUUUGGCUAGUCUAGUCAGUUUGAAAAGGUCAAUCACUUUGGUAUUUUCUUGCAUCCCCGAUUCAGAAUUGAACUGCAGGUUUCCAGUUCAAGGAAAUGAAGAACAGGAUCCAGGAGCAGAACAUUUAUAGUCAGCUGUUCUCUGGUUCCGGAACUGGCAGUUUUGUCCUUUUGGUUCAGAUGUUGUUCAAGUGGCUGAGCAAUUAACCUAAACCACUGGUACUAGAGUUUGAAUAAGUAAUUUUAUGAGAUGUAAUUUUAAAUACCGAGUAUAUUGUGUUUUUCGUACCAAACACCAGCGGUUGACAUGUAUAUAUUUAUACAGAGUAAUAUUUUUAUAUACAGAGUAUAAUGUGGUUUUCGGGCCACACUCUAUGGGUCAACAUCAUUGACAGCAUCUGCUACCAUGGUUCUUGACGGCCUCCAUACCAUGGGAUGCUGGCACUUUGUUUCUCCUCCCCUUGGUUGUGGAAGAUUAUGGGCAUCGUUUGCUCCGUUUCAUACACAUUCUACUACGCAGCAAAUCAACUAACCUGAGUAUU